UGCACCUUAAUGCUAGCUGCCACUCGCUUUUAAACAAGAAGAAGAAGAAGAGGACCGCUGAAGCUGUAACAAGUCACCGGUUGAUCUGCGACAGUUUCUCAUUAAACCACCGGAACCGGAUUUUCCCUGUUGGACGAACCGAGACGUUUCAGCGACACGCGAGAAACUCAAUCAGAAGAGACAUGGACGCCCAGCAAGGAGCUCAGGGACUCUCUGGUGGACAUGUACAAAGUUAAUCCCAGAGUGAACGUGGAGCUGAGACAUCGUCUUCCUUCACCUGCCAGACGCCACCUCCACCUGUCUGACAGUUUGUUUCUCAUGUGUUUAACAGACACAACCAAGACAAGGACCUGAACCAGGACCAGGACCUGAACCAGGACCAGGACCAGUGUCCUCCGGGAGGUUCAGGGGAGAUGGAGAGGGACAUGUCCCCCAGCAGAGGCCCUUCACCUCGUGUAGAGAGCUGCAGAGAUGCCCACGAUGGAGUGCAGAGAGGUCCUGGAAGUCCUGUUCUGAGAAGACACGUGGAGACUGACGACAGUUUUCAUCAUGAUGUCGUGAUCGGUCGAGUUCAGAGUUUUGAUCGAGACAAAAACAUCUCUUUUCUACUGAAGGAGCUGGACACUGUCAGACGGACCAAUCACAGGUUGCAGGCGGAGCUGCUUCAAAAAGAUAAGGAGCUGGAGAGAAGACGAUUUGAGGAGGAGCUGAGAAAGGAGGAGAGGGAGAGACCUGCAGUUGUCUUGGAAGAGGUGUGGUCGGCUCAGAAGGACAGAGAUCAGGCUCUGAUGUCACGACUCCUGUUGGCCAAUGAGGAGAGAGACGAGGCUUUGCUUCAUGCAAGUCGACUUCUACAGGCGGCUGAGUUGGAGAAAAUCAACCUGGACGACACUAACAUGGAUGUGGACGAGCUGCUUCAGUGUGUCUGUGAUGCCGACUCCGCCCAGGAAGUCGAAGAGUUCGGUUCAGUGCUGGUUCAGCGUCUGCGCUUGGCUCAGCAACGUCGAAGUGACAUCACUGCACAGGAGAUGAAGGCUGUGAUGGAGGAGAGAGACGGCUCUGUUGCCAAGUUCAAACGUCUGGAACAGGAUCUUAUUCGGGAGAGAGAGAGGACGACGACCAAGGAUGAGCUGCUGAGGCGUCAGACAGAGAGAGGCGGUGCUGUAGACGACAGGCGAAGGCUGGAGGCGGAGCUGCAGGCACUACGAGCCAAUCACAGCUCUCAGGACCUUCACACCCCUUCUCCCUUGUUGUUCCAUGAUGAGGACUCUCGGGUGAGUCCGCCGGAGGCCCGGCCCGUGUCGGUCCAGAUGCAGCAGCUGUCAAAGGAGAAGCAGAGUGUGGAGGCGGAGCUUCAACGCUGUCAGGAGGCAGAACGAGAGGCCAACGAGAGAGUCCGCAGGCUGGAGCGUCUGGUCGAGGUUCUGAGGAAGAAAGUUGGGACAGGAAGCGUCCGAGCCGUCAUCUGAUCCCAUUUCUCUUCUUUUAGUUUUUUAUUAACUUUUUAUUUGAAUUAUCUUUCUCUUACUUUGGAUAUUUCUCGUUUGUUGUCUCAAACUGUUGUAAAACCAAAAACAAUGUUUUCAGAUAUUCUGUAAGUGUUCAGGAGUCCUGGAGACAGAACUCUUUCGGUCUGCCCUGAAAGUGUUCGGCCAAUUACAACAUUUAUCGUAAAUGCGUUUGAUUCAUUGACUGACAGAGGAAACGUGGAAACUGAGGAUGAGCUCUGAUAAUAUUUUAAAGCCCUGAUCAUAUAUAUAUUUCACUAUGUGUAUAUAUAUAUAUAUAUAUAUAUAUAUACACACAUAUAAACACAUACAAUAGGCAGUUUGCACUGUGAGAUGUUUGAUUUUGUUGUCACAUGAAAUAAAAUGAUCAUUUUCA